AUGGGCUUCAAGUUAAGUCCGCAAAAUAAUGCAAUGAUCAAGGUCACUCAAUCACACACACUACACGCAACGCAAUGCAUACGUGAGGACCAGACGAGGCGACGCAGCACCCGAUCCAAACCCAAACCUUCGCUCAUCCAUCUUCCACCAAUGCUAAGAGAGGAAACGGUGGGUUCCAGAAGUGCCAGGCACACCGCCGCCUCCGCCACCGUCUCCAACAAGGUUCUCGUCGCCGUCAAGGCGGAGAAGGUGAUCUCCAACACCGCAUUAGCCUGGGCUCUCACUCAUGUCGUUCACUCCAGCGACUCCAUCACGCUCCUUGCCGUUUACUCUGCUCAAAAAACCGGCAGAAGAUUCUGGCAUUUUUCGAGAAUUGCUGGAGACUGUACGACCGGACCGGCGGCGAAGUUGCCGGAGCGAAUUUCAGAUAUCUCCGAGUCUUGUGCGCAGAUGGUGCUUCAGUUGCACAAUCAAGUUGAGGUAAGGGUAAAGAUUAAGGUGGUCACGGGUACUCCCAGUGGUGCUGUGGCGGCCGAGGCCAGAUGGAGCGGUUCCCAUUGGGUCAUACUGGACAAGAAAUUAAAGCAAGAGGUAAAUCAUUGCAUGGAUGAACUCAACUGUAGCAUUGUGGUGAUGAAUGGGUCACAGGCAAAAAUCCUCAGACUUAACUUAGGGUGUUCCGAUGAACUCCAAACCCCUUUUUUCUCGGCUACUUCUUCACCAGGCAUAGAAAUUGCAAAGCUAAAAGGCGGAAGAUUGAUGCAUUCUACCCCAGUGGGUAGCCCUGAAGAAGCAGGUACUUCUGUUAUAAGAAAUAUAGGAGUAAAUUCAGGGUCAAGUUCGGACUCGAUGACUUCUCCUUUCCUUGUCUAUGAACAAAACCCUCUGUACGAGGGUCAGGGCCCAGGAAAAAACAUACACAAAGCAAUCAACGAACAGAUAGAUUUCAAUGUCCAGCCACCAUUAUACUUUGACAUUGAAAGAGAUCGCCCUCCCCCGCUAUGGCCGCGUCCAACAGCAUCCGUGGCUAGUGAAAACAAGACUGUAUUUUGGAUUCCUCAAAACCACAUUGUAGACGAGAAGUUUCAGAAAACUAAAAACAACAGUACUAUCCAAAGAACUAAAUCUCCAUCUUCGAAAACUUUACUUGAGAAUUUUAAGCGUUGUGAUCAAGAGAUGAGAAGAAAUGAAUACGGGUUUGACCAAGCUCAAAGUAGAAGAUACGACACGGGCAACAGAGAUAAUUCCAUACCUUUGGGCAGAACUACCUCAAUACCUCCUCCCUUGUGCUCACAGUGUCAGAAUAAAGCACCAGUAUUUGGAAAGCCUCCAAAACGGUUUUCUUACAAAGAGCUAGAGGAAGCUACUGAUAUGUUCUCAGAUGUGAAUUUUUUGGCUGAAGGUGGAUUCGGUGUGGUCCACAAGGGAAUCCUCAAAGAUGGUCAGGUUGUUGCGGUGAAACAGUUAAAGUGUGGGGGUUCUCAAGCAGAUAUUGACUUCUGCAGGGAAGUUCGGGUUUUGAGCUGUGCACAACACAGAAAUGUUGUGCUGUUGAUAGGGUUUUGUACAGAGAGCAAUUUGAGGAUAUUAGUUUAUGAGUACAUAUGCAACGGAUCCUUAGACCUCUACUUAUAUGGAGAUGAGAGUAUGCCUCUCGAUUGGAACUCACGCUUAAAGAUUGCAAUUGGAACUGCACGAGGCUUGCGCUACCUUCAUGAAGACUGUAGAGUUGGUUGUAUAGUGCACAGAGACUUUCGACCCAAAAAUAUCCUCUUAACCCAUGACUUUGAACCUCUGGUGGCGGAUUUUGGGCUUGCUAGAUGGUACUCAGAAUGGAAUAUAGAUACAGAAGAUCGAGUUCUAGGAACUUCAGGGUAUCUUGCACCGGAGUAUCUUGACGCCGGAAAUCUUACAUAUAAAGUAGAUGUAUAUGCAUUUGGAAUUGUAUUACUAGAGUUAAUAACAGGUAGAAGAAUUAGCGAGUUGGAACAGUUCAACGGAUUCUCGUAUCUUCCUGAAUGGAUUCACCCUCUACGCAUGUUAGAGCCCAGUCAUAUCUUACAAAACGUCAGUUCUCCCAAACCAUUGGAAUUUAAUCUUCAAUGGCAAGCUAUGGCUCGAGCUGCUUCGUUGUGUCUCCGUGUGGAUCCCGAUGCCAGACCCCCAAUGUCAAAGAUCCUGAGAGUGCUGGAAGGGGGUGAUCCAGUUCGUCCUAUGGGUUUAGACAUAAACUCAAUUGGUAACACAAGUGGGCAUUUAAGCGGUUUGAAGUCGCUCACUCCACCAGAAGCUACGAUAACUCAUUCUCGUACACUAUCACAUUGAUCAUUCCCUCCGCUCUUGGACCUUUCGUACGCUUAUUCAAACUUUCAGAUAUGCAAAGCACUUGUAGGUAACAACUAGGAAAGAAAUCAUUAUCUUAGCCUUCUCAUUCAUAAAUAGAUUUCUAAUUUGGCUGGUGUUUCUGGAGCCCUGUACUUCUGACUGGCCAUAUGCUUAAUAGCAAAAAUUUCAUUUCUCGUUAUUCUAUUUUCUCUUGCAUCGGCCAAUCCCCAAAUUGUUUGUACAACCUCAGGCUCUCUAUAAUAACUGUCAAUUUCAAUA